UUUAAAACAUAAGUAAAGUGACAAGAGUGAGAACCAGUUUUUUAGUGAAAUUCAACAAUAUUUUGCUAAAAGUUUCAUCCACAAGAAAAUUUGAAAGAUUACGCCGCCACCAGGAUGAAGAUGUCAAAACUAUCCAAUCAGACAAAUUCGCAAGAUCCACAGGCUGUCAAUUCGCGAGUGUUUGUCGGCAACCUCAACACUUUUCAGUGCUCGAAAACGGAUGUCGAGCGAAUGUUUCAGCGCUACGGCCGACUGGCAGGCAUCUCAAUGCACAAAGGCUAUGCAUUCGUGCAGUUCACGAACCCCUUCGACGCACGAAAUGCCUGUCAUGGUGAGGACGGCCGCACUGUUCUGAGCCAAACACUGGACGUCAACAUGGUCGCCGAACCGAAACCACACCAAACCGGCAGGAAACGGCAGAACAAAUCAAAAACCGGAAAUGAUUGGGAUUAUUACUAUGAUAGUUAUUACGCAUCGACACUUUUCGGGCCAAUUCAGCAGCAGCCCAACUCGCCACCGCGGCCACUGAAACGACAACGAUUGAUGGGUCCAAGCCGGCUGGCUUUGACAGGAAAACUGAACGGAGCCGGUCUAAUGGGAGGACCUCAGGUGCCGCCUCAGCAGCAAGUACAGCACCCCACCCAGCAGCAGCUCCAGCUGGCAGCGGUAGCGGCAGCAACAAGUCCUUCGGCAGCGGCAGCACUCGGAACCUACUACGGCAUCGGAAACGGAGUGCAAGCUGCGAACGGACUCGGCAACGGGUGCCUAACCGGUAACGGAUACAUCAACAAUAACAGCUACAUGCUGAACGGAGAUGUCAACGGAACCAUGUCUAGCUAUACCAACGGACAGCACGUAGUUGGACCGUUUAAAAUUUACAGUAAUCCAGACACACUGAUUUGCGGAAAUUGUCGAGAGAUGUUUACGGAUUUGACGGAGCUGCUGGACCACAAGAAAACAUACUGCAAGCUAAGAUUUACCUGCAAGUGCAUUUCACCAGCCGCUACUAAAAACAAAAACAUCCCUCCGUCAGCCAAACUGCUGUGUGUGGCCUGCAAGGAUUCGUUCUCCAACCCAUGGGACCUGAUGGUUCAUGCACAGGCGGCUCAUAUGGUGAACAUUUACGAACUGGGCGAUUCUUCGGAUGAAGAUAAAUCCUCCUCGGCGAGCGUCAGUUCGGAAUCCCUCAGUCUAGCUCUUCCACCCGGUAACGGUUCCUGCAAGCGGCUGUCCAACGGCAGCACCGACAGCAUCGAAAUCUCCAACGGCACUCAUCACGUGGAACUGGAUCAACAUGAUAAGGACAAAUCUUCCGAGCAGAACGAGGAGUCGGACAUCGGCUGCAGUACCAUCGGAAGCCUCGGUAUGGCAGGUGCAUCGUCCAGUGAAGAUAUCCACUCGCAAAACGGUGAUUUAAAAGUCAACGGACAUUUGACCGCAGCAAACUGCAACGGUACCGGCAGUACGGUGACGCUGUCCCCGAUGCCGGUGACCGGCGGAGGAGCAGGCGAUUCACAGCCAGCGCGUGCCUGCAUCAUGACUGCCCUCAGCAUAGACACCAAGUCGAACCCGGAGGCCUCCGUCGCGCUGAAGAUGGUAACAUCCACCCUAGGCAUUUCGCUGGCAAAUGGAAACCCGAUGACAGCAGCAACGCAGUAA